UAAAUUGAAAUUCAAGCCUUUAAAACCGUACAUUUCUUGUGGUUCCUUUGAACAAAUUACAACAUGAACACUGUGAUAAUAUUGUUAGGACUUUUCGGGUUGACAAUUGCUCAAGGACCAGAAAUUAAAAUUUUAAGCCAGCAGCAGGAUAUAAAUCCAGACGGGUCAUACCAAUGGAGUUACGAGACAGAAAACGGGAUUCGAGCUCAGGAAAAUGGUCAGGUGAAGCCCGGAUCUCCCGACCCAAUUUUGGAAGCACAAGGAUCUUUCUCUUACACCGCCGAUGACGGGUCUCCAAUUGCUCUUCAGUACAUUGCCAACGAGGGAGGAUUCCAACCACAAGGGGAUCACUUGCCAACCGCUCCUCCAAUUCCUCCGGCGAUUGAAAGGGCUUUGAAGUACAUUGCCGAAAAUCCUCAGCCAGUGAUAGAAGAAAGACUCGGUUAAAAUAAUUGUUGGUUAUUAGUGAAAUGCACUGUACAUAAAUUUGCACCAAAAUAAAAGAAGUUU